AUGGCCCCAUACUCCCAGUCCCCUGCUCCAGAUGUUGAAGCUUCACGUUGCCUGGGCCAGUGGAGAGAGGGGCCCCAUAAAAGUCCCUGGCUGUUUUUAGGCUGGAACCGUACCUCACCUGUUCCACCCGGCGCCAAAGCCAAAAAUCACCAGAAUACUGACUCACGCAAGCCCCUGUGGACAUCCCAGGGGCGCCUAACAAGUUCGCGGCUGUUUAGUAGCAGGGGAGAAAGACGGGGACACCUCUCCCACUGCAACCAAACUCAGCAGACUGCCCUGAAACGAGGGUGGGGGAUCACGCUUAAUGUGCAAUGCGCGCGCGCCGCGGCCGGUGUGCGUGUCCCCGCGUUCCCCUUCCUUCCCGCCGCUCCUCUCACCGUCAGAGUGGCUAGCGGACCACAAGGACCCGGCAGCCGGGGGUCGCAAGGCGAGGCAAGAUCCGGGGUGGAGGCCGAGGAGUGGCAGCACCCGCCGGCCUCAGGUCCCCGCACGGCGCGCCGGAGUCCGAGCGAGGCGGGCGGCGAGCAGGCUGCGCGGCGGCAGCGACUCCCGGAGGCUGCAGGCCCCGCCCGCCGGCCGCCUAGGCUCUUCCCCUUUUCUCUCCACCCACUGCUCCAUCCCGCACGCCCUGCAGGGAAGCCAGACCGGUUUGCAGCAGCGGCGGGGCCCGCAGUCGGAACAAGUGCCGGAGUCGUUGUGGGAAAUAGAGCUCACGUUCUGUGCGGUGGAGGACAGCAUUUGAUGAUCCUUGCUUGAGGGGGGACACUCCCUUGAGAUUCUGC